GUAGUUCCCCGGGUUCGUUCCGCGGGCUUCUGGGAUAUGUAGUUUCUGGUCUGUAAGCAAGGCGGAAGGAGCGGGGGAGGCCCCUUACGCAAACUACAAUUCCCGGCGGGGAGCGCGUUGAAGGGGGGGUGGGAUCUGAACAUGGCGGCGGUGGUAGCGGCUACGGCGCUGAAGGGCCGGGGGGCGAGAAACGCCCGCGUCCUCCGGGGGAUUCUCUCCGGAGCCACUGCCAACAAAGCUUCCCAGAACAGGAGCAGAGCCCUGCAAAGCCAGAGCUCUCCGGAGGGCAAGGAGGAGCCUGAGCCCCUCUCCCCGGAGCUGGAAUACAUUCCCAGGAAGAGGGGCAGGAACCCCAUGAAAGCUGUGGGGCUGGCCUGGUACAGCCUGUACACCCGCACCUGGCUCGGGUACCUCUUUUACCGGCAGCAGCUACGCAGGGCUCGGAACCGAUACCCGAAAGGCCACUCGAAAACGCAGCCCCGCCUCUUCAACGGAGUGAAGGUACUUCCCAUCCCCGUCCUGUCGGACAACUACAGCUACCUCAUCAUCGACACCCAGGCCCGGCUGGCUGUGGCUGUGGACCCUUCAGACCCUCGCGCCGUGCAGGCUUCCAUUGAGAAGGAGGGUGUCACCUUGGUCGCCAUUCUCUGCACCCACAAGCAUUGGGACCACAGUGGAGGGAAUCGUGACCUUAGCCGAUGGCAUCGGGACUGUCGUGUGUAUGGGAGCCCCGAGGACGGCAUUCCCUACCUCACCCAUCCCCUGUGUCAUCAAGAUGUGGUCAGCGUGGGGCGGCUGCAGAUCCAGGCCCUGGCCACCCCAGGCCACACCCAAGGCCAUCUGGUCUACCUGCUGGAUGGGGAGCCCUACAAAGGUCCCUCAUGCCUCUUUUCAGGAGACCUGCUCUUCCUGUCUGGCUGUGGACGGACGUUUGAGGGAACCGCGGAGACCAUGCUGAGCUCGCUGGACACUGUGCUGGGCCUGGAGGACGACACCCUGCUGUGGCCUGGUCACGAGUACGCUGAGGAGAACCUGGGUUUUGCCGGCGUGGUGGAGCCAGAGAACUUGGCCCGUGAGAAGAAGCUGCAGUGGGUGCAGAGGCAGCGGCUAGAGCGCAGGAGCACGUGCCCGUCCACCCUGGGAGAGGAACGUUCCUACAACCCGUUCCUGCGGACCCACUGCCUGGCACUGCAGGAGGCCCUGGGGCCUGGCCCUGGUACCACUGGGGACGACACCAGCUGCUCCCGAGCCCAGCUCCUGGAGGAGCUGCGCCGGCUGAAAGACAUGCACAAGAGCAAGUGA